UUGCUUUUGACACACACGGUCCAUCACAGUGUAUGUGUGGAGCAAGAAACACGCAAGUACCCGCCCAUUCACUGUCUCGCCUCUCGCCUCUCGCCGCGCGCACAAGACACUCCACACAGAGACAUGUAGCGUCCAUCGACAGUCAUCAUCCACCCACCCAGCUGGUCUGGUCUGCAGAUGAAUAUGUGAUGCGUGUGGGGCUUCCUCAUCCCAUGUGGUGUGUCACCACACAUUCACUCGUUGGCGUCGCUCUGCUGCCUGCCGCAUGUGCAGGGGGCGGCAAACAGCAGAGCGACGCCGUCGAUGCGAAUGCAUGGCAACAAACCACACGGAGAGAGACGGGCAGACCACAGCCGGGCUAUCGCACCAGACACACAGACAGACAGACAGACAGACAGAGGGCGGUAAGUCGUCACAAUUAUAAGGCAGCCAGGGCUGGUCAGUCUGUGUGGUCUUCACAUCCGUCUAGAGCCAGCACAAUGCAUUGGUUCAUCGACGGACCUCUGUGCGUGUGGUGUGUUGCAUGGCAUGCGUCCAUAUAUGCGAUGCUGUCCAGACAAUACCGAGACAUUCACAUGUGGACACACACUGUCCGUCACACACGCAAAGGCAUGCCACGUCAUGCCCAUCAACCCACCCACCCAGCCACCUGGUGGAAACAGACCACACGGAGAGCUCUAGAGCCGGGCAGACCACAGAGAACUGACAGACAGACAGACAGACAGACGGGCAAGUCGCUGGGCAGCCGACGAAUAGUUUGAGUGAAGCGGGAGAAUGGCAGGGAUACAGCCCGAUUCAUAACUACCUCGACCACGUAUAUCGACAUGAGUGAAGAUGGGUACGCAGCAACAGCGAUCGCUCCAUCCAUCCAUCCAUCCGCACAUAUAUGCGCCCAUCGGCCACCAAACACAGAGAUGUAUGCACGAAAACAGCCAGCCAACCAGACAGACAUCCCCCAAUGCUAUCACCUUGGCCAAAUCCAAAGAAGAACAAACACACCGCAUACCCACGCAGACAAACAGAUAGAUACACUGGUGCGGACAUGUGCCAUUCAGCGAUGCACAGAGCCUGCAGCUUCUUGACGGGAAGGAGGCAGUGAGUUCGAAGAAGCCGCAACCAAGCGAUUUACCAUUAAAGGGUCAGCGCAGCACCAACGAAAGAGUCCAAGGGGUCACGUCAGGCAUGCAUCACGGGGGUAUCGACACAGCACAGCGGCAGGUAUAAAUCACAGCACAGCACAGCACACUCUCCCAUAUGCACACCCGCCCAUAUCGACGUCACUUAGUGAGAGGGAAAGAAGCCCGCAACAAGGCCACGCGCCUAUCUGUCGCUACCCUAUCGCAAUCCUCCAUAUUGCCCGUUUCGUCCGUGUCACUCACGGCGUCCUGCAGUGCAGCCAUACUGAGCUCCUGCCUGUGGAUGAUAGGCGGGGCCUCAAACAGAUCAGAUCCUGACACACACACAUACAUCGAUCAACCACAAGUACAUCCAGGGCGGGUCAGUGGUGGCUCACCGUGAAGUCUGUCUUCAUAGGGUUGUUGUUGACGGCCCCGAGGGCACUGCACUGCGGUAGUGGUGCACCUUGGCCACAGUGGGGUGGGCGGCAUCAUCAUGCUCCGCCGCCUCCCCAGCAUAAGCUUCUGCAGGUUGUGAAUACCCUGCACCCGCACCCAUCCACAAAUGCCACACAGAGACACAAUGGAUGACCGUUCUUCUCUCGUCGUCUCUCCCUCAGUCGAUGCACGCUGACCAUUCUGGCUGGCGGCCCAGAUAUCUGGGCAUGAUGAUGCACUUGGUGCGGCUCUUGGGCUUCCCUCUCAGCCCGCAGUGCUCCGUGCGCCGGGUGAACCUCUGUGUGGCGAGCUGGGAAGACGGCCCGUCGGUUUGCCAUUCGGUGAAGAAGAAAUAGGUGUAGAAGCGGAAUGCGUCGACGUCGCCCUUGGGCUCCUCGUUCUCUUUGGCACGGAUGGCAUCCUGGAGGGUGGGGAGGGGAGGGGAGGGGGAAGGCCGGGUGACGUUGUCGCGUUAUCAGUGGGCAGAAUGAACUCAUCUGUGUCCAUGAAGGCCACAUAUCUGACAACAAUCCGAUAGGCAGCCAUGCAGUGGCCACAGAUGCUCUUCUCAUGUCACCCACCUGCUGCCCAUUCGCCUAAGGUAGCAGUCCUGGACGAGGGCAU